ACCACCAUUCGGGGGCUGGGAAGCCAGCUCCUCCCCGUGCUCCGGACACCUCGUGCUGACCACUGGGGCAGCCGAACCAGGACUGGGGACUCUGUGGGGACCAAGGGUCCCCCCCCAGCUGAGGAGAGGCAGAGGGAGAAGGCCGAGGGCCCUGCACUCAUCCAUCAGCACCCGGCGCUCCAGCCAAAAGCAUGUCCACCUCCCCCGCCGAGUCCCUCGCCAGCGCGGGACUGGAGGACAGCCAGGCAGGUUACUCAGUUGCAAUGGGCUCUGAACGCAGUGCGCGGACAUUGACUGGGGGCAGGUGCCAGGCUGGGACGGGCAUGUGCCCCGUGGACAAGGCCCACAGGAACCAGUGCCAGGCCUGCCGCCUGAAGAAGUGCCUGCAAGCUGGCAUGAACAAAGACGCCCCAAACAGAUGCUCCAUCCCAUCGCUCAGACGCUCCUUUCUCUUGGCCCGGCAGGUGAUUUUGCUGGAGGAAGCCUGGAGCGAGCUGUUCCUCCUCUGUGCCAUCCAGUGGUCCAUGCCUCUGGAGAGCUGCCCGCUGCUCUCCGUGCCUGAGCUCUCCCCGCACACCCACGGGAAGCUGGUGUCUGCCAGUGGGGACGUCCGCAUCCUGCAGGAAACCAUCGCCCGCUUCAAGGCCCUGACCAUCGACCCCGCGGAGUUCGCCUGUAUGAAGGCCAUCGUGCUCUUCAAACCAGAGACGCGAGGCCUGAAGGAUCCGGAGCAGGUGGAGAACUUGCAGGAUCAGUCGCAGGUGAUGCUGGACCAGCACAACCGGACGCACUACCCCAGCCAGCCUGUCAGGUUCGGGAAACUGCUCCUGCUCCUCCCCUCCCUGAGGUUUAUCUCCUCCGACCGCAUCGAGCUCCUCUUCUUCCGCAGAACCAUCGGGAACACGCCCAUGGAGAAGCUGCUCUGCGACAUGUUCAAAAACUGACUGGCCUCCUGGUGAGCAGGGUCCUGGGUUUCCUGGACCAGCAGGAACGCUUAGUACCAGCCUCUGGUUUGCACCGCACAGAGCCCAAGAGCCGGUGAAAGGCGCGUGGGGACCCCGUCAGUGCAGAGUGCGCCAUUCCGGUCAACUAAGCAUCUUCCAGUCCUGGCCUAGCACGGCCCGGCAUUAACCUCUGUUCCCAAGCAACUGGCAACGACUUCCCAUCAACCUCCCGUCAUGCCAGCCGCUCACACAGCAGGUGCUCGGACCCAGAAUGGAUCCAAAUGUAUCAGCUUAUGUCACCUCCACAAGAAUCCCGCGGUACCUCCCUGGGCGAAACUCACCUUGCACGUGUGAAGAACACGAGCUGCCGAUGGCCCCUGUGCUCACGCCAGCCAGCGGGGGAGGCAGGUGCAAAGCGAGACAUGAAGGCCAGCAAAAUUGGUGAAAAAAAUGCACGACUGAAAGGUCCAGGCUCUGAACCCAUGUCACGUGCAGGGAGCGCAGUCAAGCUUGCUGGGAGAGGGGGAAGGUUUGGUUUUGGAAAUCACCUGAUGUGCCCUGCCACGGUCCCGAUGGCGGCCUAGGAGAGCCAAGGAGAAGGCGACUGUCUAUUGGAAGGGGAAGACGUGAACUGGCCUUGGGUGCUCACUAGAUCACCCGCAGAGAAGCCUUGGGGCAAGGCGUUUUGUAGAGGACUUUGCCCCUGGGGGUUUCCCACCGCGUGCCAGGCUCAGAGGUGACCCAGACACCGACUUUAAGGCAGGCGGAGGCGCUUAACACGGGGGCGCGGUCCGAUGUCUCGAAACAAUGGAGCAUGACCGCAGGAGCCAUCUAGGGAGGAGCACCCGGUGAGGGCAGAGCGCGGAGUGCUGCCUUGGACCUGCGUGUCGCAGCUGUUUGCAGGGAAGUGGAAACCUCCCUUGACUGGCCGUUGGGUUUGAAACCCUCCUUGCAGCUGCGAUGGCCCCUGGCGAAGUCAAAGCCCGGGGAGGGGCGUCCACCCGCAAAGCCGGGUGCAGUCAAGGAGGAAGGCUGUUGGGUGGGGGGAGGGUGUGUUUCGGCAGCAGCAGGCCAUCUGAGCAGGGCUGUCCUGACAGUCACGUAGAAGCCGGGUUCCGCAGCGCCGCACAGGAGAGCCGUGGGAGCGCCCUCGCGUGGCCAGGACAACGGCGACGGGAUCGGUGGCCACAGCAAGGCGGCUCGAUAGGAGUGGCUAUAAACUCCUCCCUUUGGACACCAGGCCGACACCCUCUGUCCUAAGCAGGUGCUUGGCUGGCAGCGCUCAGGCUGGAAUCGCUGCCCAGCCGGGAGAUGUGGGGGCCAGGACAAUUAUUUUUUUGCCUACUCCAGCUCCUUUGUAUUUGUACCAGGACAC